CAAGUUGUUCCGAUUGUGGCAGGCACGAAUCCUUCCAAGCUCAAGGUGGUCCAUCGGCGCGGACCAUGUGCAUCCCAGGCACACCAAGACAAGCCGUCCCAUGUGGAGCUCCUUCAUAAAGACCAAGCCCGUGUCGACUACAUCCACCGCCGAGCCGCCACCGCCACCGCCCGCCGAGACUCUAUUGAUGACUCUCUUUCUGCAGGAGUUCAAAAAAACAUCGACAUUGAACUUAUUUACGAUGACAAUAUCGUCACCAUAGGCCUUGGCACCCCUACCAAGUCCUUCUCAGUUCUAUUUGACACCGGUAGCGAUGUCACUUGGACCCAAUGUGUCCCCUGCGAUAAUUGCUAUCCCCAAAACGACCCACUUUAUGACCCAACCCAAUCCUCUACUUUCUCCAAAAUCUCCUGUCGCUCCAACUAUUGUCGCCAACUUGAUGCAUCCUACUGCCCCUCUCCGUCCACCUGUAUCUACAUAGUAAAAUACGCUGACGAUUCUCAAACUCAAGGCUCUCUCAUUCAAGAUGCCUUGACAUUCUCCUCUAAUACCAUGCAAAACUUCAUAUUCGGCUGCAGCCAUGACCACAGGGGGCUAUUCACUAAAUUAGAUGGGUUAUUAGGCCUCGGCCGGGGGGCUCUUUCAAUUAUUUCCCAGACAGCUCAAUUAUAUGGCAAGGUAUUCUCAUAUUGUCUACCAUCAAAGUCCAGCAUAGCUGGAUAUCUCGCACUAGGUAGCUCUGCCCCUGGUGUGCAGUAUACACCGAUGCUAACCAACCCAAACCUGCCAUCCCAGUACUUCCUAAAGCUCGUUGCCAUUUCUAUUGGGGGUGAAAGGCUCGCCCUUUCACCUACUGUGUUCAGUGCCCCUGGAACCAUGUUGGACUCUGGCACGGUGAUUAGCCGACUGCCGCCCACUGCCUACUCCGCCCUUCGCAACAUUUUCCGACAACACAUGACAAAUUACCCGAUGGCGCCGUCACUAUCCAUACUUGACACAUGUUAUGACUUCAGUAACUACCAGAAGGUGAAGGUGCCGGCGAUUGCGUUUAUCUUUGAUGACGGAGUGACUGCUAACUUAGAGUUCAUGGGGAUACUUUAUAUUGGCAGUAUAUCUCAAACGUGUUUAGCCUUCGCUGGAAAUAAUGCUGCUAGCGACAUUGUAAUCAUUGGUAAUGUACAGCAACGCGGAUUCAAUGUAGUCUAUGAUGUGGGGAACUUAAAAAUUGGCUUUGGGGCUAAUGGUUGUAGUUAGAAUGAAUGGGUUUCGGAAUGUUUGUUAUACAAUUGGGGAGUGUGGCACAGUUAAUGUAGUCAUGAUAAAUAAAGUUCAAUUUGUUGGGGAAGUAAAACACGAAGGAGCAAAAAACAAAAUGUAGCCGAAAUGAAGUCUAACAUGACAAAAUUUAAAAUUAGGAAAAAAAUUAUGGAGUCAUAUCAUACUAAAAAAUUCACUAUAAAAAAUUGAGAGAAAUAGCACAAGCCUUUCUUCUCUCGCACUCUCUCCUUAUCCUUGUUCACCCUUGAACUAACUAAAAGAUAUACUCUAAACCAUUAAGAGACAUAACAUUUAAUGAAAAAUGAGAAAGAAAAUUGUCAACCCCUCUAACAGCGUCGCGACGCCAGGUUUGGAGCGUCAUUGCGCUCAACUCUCUAUCUAUUUAAUGCCUGAUAGCACCGUACUGUCGGGUCUAAAAUGAUGCAAGGUUGUGGUUUAGAGCAUCGUAGCUCUUCACUCUCGUCUACCUCCAAUUAGAUAAUACAUUAUCGUAGGGCUCAGGUACACAGUGUUGCAGCAUUGUAUAGGGAAAAAAAUUAUAUGCAAAGCACCUUAACAUAAGCAGAGGGACGACCUCCUACAAUCCCCCAGUGAGCUCAACCGAUGAAUCUACACAAUUAGAUUCCACACAAAACUAACACAAUUGUAUACAAUUUUUAUGAAAUAAUAAAAUAUUAAAUGAGCAUCUCUAUAUCAUCAAGAAGCUCUCUACAAUAUGAAUGGCUAAAAUAUAUAUUUUAAGUAUCACAAAUUGUUCUUUUCAAACUAAAGAAAAUUACAAAUUGUUAUUAUGCAUUUUUUUAAACGUUUUACAAAAAAUUCUAGUAUGCGUCAGCAAAAAUGCAUGCAUGUUAUUUACAAAAAUUAAAUAGAAAAGCUGAUAAAAGAAGAAAAGAGAACUAAAUGUGAACAGCUGAUUAGUUUAAAGACCUUUUUCAAAAAUUUAUCUUAUAAUAUUUUGAUUAAGUUUAGCUCAGAAUAAAAUAUAUAUUAAAUUAAAUGGCAUUUUAACAAACUACUGAGACAUGUAUAUAUCUUUAGUGAAAUAAUAAUCGAUGCAAUAAAUAUAUGGUUAUUUUAUGUAAGAUGAAAAUUCUCUUUCAAAUUAAAUACUUAGAAAUACGUUAUAAUUUAAGAAACAUUGUUAUGUUUGAGAAAUCUAGCAAGAAAGGUGAGGAUCAAUCUCGUUUUUAAUUGGCAUCAUUCACUCUCAUGCAUUGCAAGCAGCAAUUAAAUAAAAUAGAGAAUGAGAUAUAUUUUGACAUAAAAAAAAAUUUUGAAGGAUGUCGCCAUUUUCAGACGUAAAAAUAUUACAAGAUGCAUUUAUUUUUACAUAGAUUUAAGGCAUUAAAAUAAUGAAAAAUAAUGAGUUGUCAAUAUAUUGUCAACAAUAGUAAUGUAAGAUGGGGCUUGGUGCUUUGAAGUUGGGGUGCAACCGAGUUAAGUCAACUCGGGAGUUGGUUCAGGCUCAACAAGUCGAGCUUAUCGAGUUCGUAAGUCGAUCUUGACGGCUUAUCGAGCUCUAGUUCGAACAGCCCUAGCUACAACGGGAAAAUGAAACUGCGGGGUAUGUACGGGCGGGAAAAUGAAAAUGCGAGGCUCGUGACGGUGGGAAAAUGAAAAGGAAUGCAGAUGCGAACACGGACGCGGGCGGCACUUCGAACGCGGACGACGGUGGCACGGCGGAUGCGAGCGGCACAUCAGGAGUUGAAGCGGGUGGCACAGCGAAUGCGAUCGCUAACGCAGAUGUGGGCGACACGUCUAACAAUGAUGACGGUUGCACGAUGGAAGCGGACGAGCAGCUUAUAGUGCGGCUCAAUGAGCUUAUUUUCCACUGUCAAGUUGAGCUCGAGUUCGGUAUUUGACAGUUGAGCUCGACUCAAACUCCCUAACUCGAGAUCGACUCGACUCAUUUGCACACCUACUUGGAAGUAAUUAUGGCAAGAUCUUUCAAUAGAUGGUUGGAGUGUAGAUCUUAUGAGUGAUGGCCAUGAUGUAGAUCACUUGUGUGACACCUAGUUUUUGCAUCAAAUUAGGAGCAUAUGUGGGCGUGGGCUGAUAAUUAUUAAGGGUGGCAUUAGUGCUUGUUGUUCAACACUUUGUAUUUCGUUCAAUACAUCUCUCGACCAACUUCCCAAAGAAGCUUCUAACGAUGCCCAUGUUAAGCAUAACACUUUCGAGGUGCGUCAUCACUAGUUCCUUUUGAUCAUGUCUCAUUUGACCAACUUAAGAUGUCUUUAUUUUAUUUGACCCCUAACAUAAAAUAGUCUAUCAGCACCUUAAAUUGUGCAUCUUAAAAGUACAUUUAGCCCAUAGUUUAUAGGGAUAUGUCAUGUUUCCUUCAUACAAAUGAAUUUACAUCUUCAACAACAUGUGGGAUCUCAUAUGGCUCACAAGCAAUUAUAACGACAUCUCAACAAGUAAUCAGAGGAUGGUCAUCUCAUUAUAGCAGGUCUUUACCAACCACCAUGUCAUGGCAUUCUCCAUGAUUUUGAGAUUGAACUUGUGAUAUCGUAGAAUCUAAUUUAAAAGAAUUAUUAUUUAAUAUUUUAAUAAUUAAUGAGAGCUACCUAAUUUACUAGCAUAAAUAAAACUAUCGAUUAAAACAUCAAUAUAUACAUAUGUAUUUCUUUCUCAAAAAUCAUGUACACCACUCAAGAUAUAUACAAUCAUAUCAAAACUAUGCUAUCCUGAUUAUUAAAAAAAUAACUAAAAUAAUAUGAACUUGAAUCUGAAGGAUCCUGAUCAAUCUCACACUCAUGCUCUCUUAUCCUAA